AUGAUAGCGAAAGGUUAUGCAGAAGAAUGUGCUCCUGAGUCAUACUACGCCAACCACAUUAAAGAUAAACAAUCUUCUUUUAUGAGGCUCUAUUUACCCCAUUUUGGCGUGUACCACCCUCAGAAACGUAAGCUUCGUGUAGUUCACGACGCCGCAGCUACGAAUGAGGGCGUCAGCCUAAACUCUUUGUUGUUACCUGGCCCAGACCUGCUUCAGCCUUUGUUAGGUAUUUUAUUUCGGUUUCGCGAGGGUCGUAUUGCUCUCACUGCUGAUAUCCGGGAAAUGUUCCCUCAAGUAAGGAUCAGGGAGCAAGAUAGGGACGCCCUCCGGUAUCUCUGGAGGUCAAGCAGAGACCAACCAAUAAAGGAGUUUAGGAUGACAGCCGUCAUUUUCGGUGCGUGCUGCAGUCCAUUUAUAGCACAAUUUAUUAAAAAUAAAAACGCUUGUGAGCACGAAAGUUUAUUUCCUAAGGCAGCUCAUGCUAUUUUGUACAAUCAUUAUAUGGACGAUUAUAUUGACUCUCUCGAUGACGUUCAAGAGGCAGCACAACUGGCGGCAGAUAUUGUUACCGUACACAACGAUGCCUGUUUCGAAAUACGGGGCUGGAUUUCCAACGACCCAUCAGCGCUGAAAUUUAUUCCUGCUGAUCUUAGGGCCACUCAACCGUCGUCGGAAAUCAAUGUUGGCAGCUGCUCUGCAAAUAAUAUUAGAGCAUUAGGAGUAUUGUGGAAUCCCACAACAGAUAAUUUAGGGUUCCGUUCAGGCUUAGGUGAAACAUUUUCGAACCCUCUCACAAAACGCAAAGUUCUUUGUCACCUCAUGCGUGUGUACGACCCGUUAGGCUUAUUAGCUCCAAUAGUUGUAAAGGGUCGAAUAUUAUUCCAACAAACGUGGAGGUCUAAUGUCGACUGGGACACCGAGUUCCAACCCACGGAAGCAUUAAGGUGGUCUGAUUGGUUUCAGGAGUUGUCAAAAGUAACAUCUUUGGAAAUUCCACGUUGGUAUUCUAACUUUAAAAACUCUGAACCAACUCAAAGGGAGUUACACGUUUUUGCUGAUGCAAGUGAGCUCGCGUACGCAUGUGUCGCUUAUUGGCGUCUUUUGUACUCAGACGGCAGCAUCGAGCUUUCUCUCAUCUCUAGUAAGGCAAGAGUUACACCCUUGAAACCUACCUCUAUCCCACGUUUAGAGCUCCAGGCCGCUUUAAUAGCUUCUCGUCUCGCGGUCACCAUUAAGGACAGUCAUAGAAAACAACCGACACAUACCUUCUUUUGGACUGAUUCUAUGACAGUCCUUCAGUGGUUACGUAGUGACGCGCGCUCUUUUAAGCCUUUUGUUGCCCAUCGUUUAGGCGAAAUUAUUGAAAACUCUUGCGUCAGAGACUGGCGAUGGGUACCAACAGACUUAAAUGUUGCUGAUGACGCUACCAGAACGCGAUCAAUUAACCUCGACGCGUCCCACAGAUGGUUUCGCGGACCAUCUUUUCUAUUUAAAUCCUUUGAGGACUGGCCUACAGAGCCGAGGUAUGCCUCACCAAAUACCGAUGAACUCAAGACCAAUAGUUUUGAGUUGGUCGGACUAACUUCCUUUGUCGAAGAGUUACCGACACCUGUCACAGCUAUUUUUGCCAAUUUUAGUAAUUGGCAGCGCUUAUUACGUGCCACAGCCCGGGUACUUCAAGCUGCGGCAAAGUUUGGUGUAAUUUUGGCUUCCUUUAGAAAUUCUAAAUUGAAAGGCGAUGUUGUUUGUGCCCGCCAUCCUUCAGCGUCCACUACCCUACCGCCUCUUAGUGCAGAUUUAAUAAAGGCCGCUGAAAGAGCUCUUCACCUAGAGAUGGUACAUAGUCAAUCUACUGACUCCGCUAUCCUGGCUAUUAGAAGGUUCAUUGCAAGACGGGGCUCUCCAAAUACUGUUUUCUCGGACAACGGAACCUGCUUUGUUGGUGCCAAUCGCAUUCUCAGAGAGUUCUACGGAGAAAAUGUCGAAGAUUUCACAAGCACUCAAGGAAUACUCGCGAAGUUCACCCCACCUGCGACACCUAAUUUUGGAGGAUGUUGGGAGCGCUUGGUGCGAUCAGUUAAAGUAGCUCUGAACGCAACGUUAACCGAACGAGCUCCAAAAGAAGACACCCUAAGCAGUUUACUAGCCGAGGCAGAAGCCAUUGUCAAUUCAAUGGCGCGAUAA